AUGAGGCCGUUUACUGCCAUCGCCGCCGUCUGCGGACUGUUUACCAGUCUUGCAUGCGCCGCUGAGUCGACGGCGGCCGAUUUCACGCCCCCGCCGGCCUUUAAGAACGUCAAUCUGGUGCGGACGACCAAUCUCGAGAAAGGCUAUGUCCGCGAGACCAUCAAUGUCGUCGUCGAAAACGUCGAUACCGAGCCACGCAGCUCCUACUACCUGGCCAUGCCCACCGAGGUCUUCGACAAGGUCGGCGGUCUCGAGGUGCGAGACAAGAAAGCCCCGGAGAAGGGGCGCUUCGAGGUGGAUUCGUUGCUGGUGGAUUCUCCCAGCGACGUCCAAUACUUCGUGAUUGACUUCCCUGAACCGCUCGCGCCCAAGUCGCAGAUGACCCUCGGAAUCUCCUACUACAUCCUCAACGCCCUCUCGCCCCGGCCCGCGGCCAUCCAGCAGUCCGACAAGCAGUACCUCAGCUACUCGUUCUCGGCGUACACGCCGUCCGCCUACGACACGGCCACGCAGAAGACCAUGCUCAAGCUGCCCAGCACCAACGUCCCCGAGUACACGACGACGUCGGGGCUCAAGUCCGGCAGCGACCCGGAGCGCCAGGGCACGGCGUACACAUACGGGCCCUACGACGCCGUCGCCGCGCGCACCACCUACCCGGUGACGGUGCGGUACGAGUUCACCAAGCCGGUGAUCACGGCGUCGCUGCUGGAGCGCGACGUGGAGGUGUCGCACUGGGGCGGCAACCUGGCGACGGAGGAGCGGUACUGGCUGCGCAACAACGGGUCGGCGCUGGCGACGCAGUUCUCGCGCGUCGAGUGGACCGUCGCCAACUUCCAGCAGAUGCCGUCGUCGGCCAUCCGCGAGCUGCGCGUGCCCCUCAAGCCCGGCGCCGUCGACCCCUACUUCACUGACGACAUCGGCAACGUCUCCACCAGCCGCUUCCGCCCGGGCAAGCCGCCCGCCCGCGACGCCUCCCUCGAGCUCAAGCCCCGCUAUCCCGUCUUCGGCGGCUGGAACUACAGCUUCCGCAUCGGCUGGAACGACGACCUGGCCGCCUACCUGCGCGCCGUCUCCGACUCCGCCUACGUGCUGAAGGUGCCCUUCCUCGAGGGCCCCAAGGUGGCCGAGGGCGUGCAGUACGAGCAUGUCGUCGUGCGCGUCAUCCUGCCUGAGGGCGCGCGUAACGUGCGCUACGAGCUCCUCGACAAGGACUCCUCCAACGGCCUUCCCAACUCGGCCAACAUCAAGGCCUCUGUGACGCCCCACAAGACCUUUAUGGAUACCCUGGGCCGCACCGCCCUCACUUUGACCGUGGACAAUCUGUCCGACGAAGCGCGGGACGCACAGCUCUUGGUGACGUACGACUACUCCUUCUGGGACGGCAUGCGCAAGCCCGUGACCAUCACAGCCGGACUCCUGACGGUGUUUGUGGCGGCGUGGGCGAUCGGCAACAUCGACGUGAGCAUCAAGAAACGAUAA